UAGAGAGUGUAUCUGUGCAGAUGUUGUGCAUGUGUGUGUGUGUGUGUGUGUGUGUGUGUGUGUGUGCUAUAGUUUGCAUGCGUGUGGGCCUUGAAUGUGUGUAUUCGUGUGUGUGUGAGAAGCUCCAAUCUCAGUUGGGCAGAAACAAUAGAACCUCUCUGAUUACAUCUCCCUGUACAGGGUGUGUGUGUGUGUGUGUGUGUGUGUGUGUGUGUGUGUGUGUGUGUGUGUGAGAAGCUUCGGGGGGGAGGAAAGGGUGGCGGCGGUCGCGGAGGAGGAAAGGGGGGGUGCAACGCUGGGACCUGCCCCCCCCAUCCCUCCCUCCUCUGCUCCGUCUCCCUUCCUCUCGCGCCCGCCUGGCGUCUCAUUGGUUAACUCCCCGGCUGUGUGUUUAUGUGAUUGGUCAGGGCGGGGUAUAUAUGCUCAGCGUGGGUCGGUUAAGUCUGGCCACAAGUUUCAAAACUUUCAACCGGGGCAGAGAGACGGAGAGACGGAGAGACGGACGUGUGUGACGGAGGGGAAUCGAGCGUUGGACAAACCGCUGCACCGCACUCUCCAAACAAGAACUGUUGACUUCUGGGAAAAGAAGCAGAGAAGAAAGCGUUUGGUCAUCGUGGAGCGUCUUCGGGGGGAAUAUCCUGCAACCACAACGAGUUUGUUUUCUCUCUCCCCCCCCCCUCCUCUCACAUCUCGAUGCUUUGUUUUGGGAUCUCUGCUCCCAACCCGUCAGAUUCCUCUUCUCUUGAUCUUCCUCUUCGUCGUCUGAAACAUUUCGAGCUGCAAAUCUUUUCCAGAACUUUACAACCCAACGAACCGAGACAGACGUUUACGGACUUCCAGUCGGACUAAAGAGUUGAACCGGAGCCCGGUUUCUGGGAUGAAUUUAAACGAGCCCAGCUUGUCCAGAGAGACUCUGCUGCACGCCAGCCGGAUGUCCCUCGGGGGCCCCUGGGCGUCCGGGACCCCGAGCCCGGCGUCCGAUUCUGAAAUGGGUUUUGAGCCGAACCUCUCGGGGGACUGCAGUUCUCCCGACGGCCUCGGAGGCGGGAACGUGAGGAGGACGGAAGCGAGGCUUUCUCUGACACCCGGUUCGGGGGGACGGAGUCCGAACCUGACCCAGGCGGGAGGCGUGUCGGCGGGCAUGGCCGACGGCAAGGCGGUGGGGGGCGAGCAGAGGAUCCGCAGGCCCAUGAACGCCUUCAUGGUCUGGGCCAAAGAUGAGAGGAAGCGUCUGGCCGUGCAGAACCCGGACCUGCACAACGCUGUGCUCAGCAAGAUGCUCGGUCAGUCCUGGAAGGCUCUGAGUGCUCCAGACAAGCGACCGUUUGUGGAGGAAGCAGAACGUCUCCGCGUCCAGCACCUCCAGGAUCACCCCAACUACAAGUACCGGCCUCGCCGCAAAAAGACCACCAAGAAACUGAAGCGGGUGGAACCGGGGCUCCUGCUCCACAGUUUGGCCCAGGGCGGGGCCCCGGGCCUCGGGUUAGGACCUGGUAUCGGCCCCUUGGGUGCAGAAAGUGGAGGUUCAGCUUAUGGACAUCUAGGCGCCCACCCUCCACAUCACCAUCAUUCCCACCACCUGCUGCACCCUCUCGGCCACUUCAGGGACCUGCAGGCCCCCGGACACCCGGAGCUGGAGAGCUAUGGCCUGCCCACUCCGGAGAUGUCCCCUCUGGAUGUUCUGGAAGAUGGAGCCGGGGAAUCUGUGUUUUUCCCCCAACAUAUGCAAGAGGAGGCGGGGAUGGGAGGUUGGAGUGGCUACCACCACCACCUGCACCAUCACAACCAGCAUUACAGCCAUAAUUACAACAACCACAGUCACCACAACGCCAUGAAUGGUGCAGCAACACACACUCAGAGUUCAGGACUGGGUGUCGGUGCCGGUCUGAGCACCUGUUUGAGUCCAGGUAGAAGCUCCAGAGUCGAGUCGAGCAUGAGCUCUCGGUUAAAUCACUCCUCCGGUCACCACAUCGCCUUGAGGAGUCCCGUAAAGUGCCCACCGUCUCUAUCCGACUCCUCCUCGCUGGGUUCCUACCCCCAGCCCUCCAUCAGCCUCCCUGAGCCCAUAAAGUCCCAUCAACCCGCCGCUUCAGGCUACUUCAGCCAGAUGUAUGGGAACAGCGCUCCCAACGCAGCAUAUUACAUGCCCUCCCACCUGGGGCAGCUGUCACCUCCUCCUGAGACCUCUCCUUCCUCCUGCUCGUCAUCCACCUUCCCUCCUCCUUUGCACUUAGACCCCUCCAAUCCGGAGUCCUCCUGCCAUCUGGGCUCCUCUUCUGCUGAGUUUUGGUCCGAGGUGGACAGGCAUGAGUUUGACCAGUAUGUAAAUGUGGGCAGGAGUCGAGAGGAGGCCUACGGACGUGGCGGGGGCUGUGGGGGCGGGUCCAAAGUCCUGAGUGGACGCAGUAGCAGUAGUGUCGGUAGUAGCGUGAGUAGCAGUGUCAGUAGUACCAUGAACAGGGAUGUGGGUAGCAUUCUGAGCGGUGCCGUGGGGUGUGAUGAAGGGAGCAGCCCUCUUAUAUCGGCUCUGUCUGAUGCCAGCAGUGCUGUCUAUUACAGUGCAUGUAUCACUGGAUGAAUCCUCUCACAUGCACCUCACUGCAUGCUGCACACUUUGGUCUGGUUCAUCUGAACCCUUGUUACAUGAUCCGGAGGAUGAAGAUUAGUUUUGGCUCAUAUUCUUAGUCGUCGUCAGGCCGCGCUCAUCUCAUCAACCGUCAAUGUAAAAGCUCAUCUCAAAACUAAAAACAAAGAUGCAGAUGAGUGUUUUCAUCCUACCAACUUCUCCUGGAGCCAGAGCUGAGUAGAGACACAAAGAAACACAGAUUUUGAAAAUGUGCUAACUGCCAAAGAAAGCUCUUUUGAUAUAAAUGCUAAAUCCUUAGUUUUGGAUGAAUUCUGAAUGCAUGAUCUUGAACCAGCUAACCAGCUGUCCUUGAUAGCUACAUGCUAGUGUGGCUAGCAGCUAUAGACUUGUUAGGAUGGGUAUGCUGUGCAUAUAGAGAGGCGAAGUCCCGCCGCUGCCAUUGGACCCUAGGGGACCUUAUUGAGGAAAUAAAUAUGUACGGUAGUUUGCGGCGAGAGACAAAUAAUAUUUUGAUAGCGUUUGAAUUGUGGCAUGAAAGAAGGUUCCAUGGUGGUCCACCGGGGGGGGGGGGGGCUUCGCCUCUCCUCUCUAUAUGCACCGAUUACUAGCUCAUGGCAUCUUUUAGGCAGAAGCUGUAGCAGGUUUUGGCUUUUGUUGAGCAACUGCAAAAUCAAAAAAGCAUCCUGACGUAGUGCGUUGUCACGCUCAGAGGUUCUCAUAUGUUUGUCUUUUAUUAUUAUUUAUUUCGGCACUCAACAUUACAUAAAGAACAGAGCCUCCGUUUAACGUUAAGUCCUCAGUUUAACGUUAAGUCCUCCAUUCAACGUUAAGUCCCUCUAAAGACGCCACUAAAGUCACACGCCAACAAGUAAACAACACAACCGUUUUACCACGACCCCAGACCGUGGUUACGGACGUUAAACCGUCCCCUAACGUUUCGUAUAUAUAAUGUCCAGACAACAGGAACUUCUUUGAAAUCUCCACAUAAUAAUUAUCCUCCCUUUUACACGUGAAGUGGAGCCGCCACCAAACUCAUUACCAAAUAACGGCUCUCAUUUUCAUUGACUUUACAAAAAUGAUCUUUCACAAAACUGCUCAGGUUGUUCACUAACAUUAAUGUUCACUAACAUUACGUUAGCUAGCUAACAUAAGGUAGCAAUAUUAGCUCACAUCCAGGAGAUUUACAACGGUAACGUUAUUAUUACACAAACCAGACCAAACCAGACAAAAUAACAUUUCAAACUACGGAUACUGUCAGUAAAAUACUCAGCGCUGAAAUGCAGACGUGCUGCUGAGCGCCUCGCGGUCGCGGUCGCUGCCUCUAACGGCGGCCAGAGGUUGUCGGAGCAAAGAUCGAGGUCCUAUAAUGCAACUAUGCGAUUCACGUGGUAUGGACAAUUUCCAUUAAAGUAUGCAGUCAUAUAAGUGUUAAUAUACAGAUGUUUCUGAGUGUGCUUCUGGCAGAUAAACAGCAGCUGGAGACACUAAAGUAGCGUGAUGUUGUUCAGCUGCUUAAUAAGGAUGAGGUGUAAUGCUCAUAAUCUGGGAGUCUUUACCAAUAGCUGGAUGCAUCGAUGAUCUGGAAGUUGUUCUGCUGGAUUCAGGGAUGUAGGACAUCAACACGUCUUAGUUGAAGCGGCGCCCUGCUCUCACCUGCUCCACGGGGUUUGUUUCAGUCAGUACAUGCCAUCGGAAGAUGAUGCGAGCAACAUGAUGUAUUAGAUUGCACCGUGUGAACUCUCAAACUAGGAUUAAUCUGAAUUUGAAGUUCAUCUCAUUAGUGACAUUUCAUCUCAGGACCAGACAGAUACUCAUCUCCACUGAACUUCAUAGAGUGAAUUCAUCUCGUUGGUUAAGUGAAGGAGGAACUCAGAAGAUGGACGGAGAGGGAAAAAGAGACUGAUCCGGCCUCCACAUAUCUGUCAGUGCUGACGGGAAAGCAUUGGCCACAGACCAGGACUAGACCGCCGAUGUCUCCCACAAACUAUCAGGAUGUUUUACAAGCCGGAGCUACAUGCCGUUCCCUCUCCGUCUCCGUCCGUGACGGGGCCUCACGUCAAACCUCCCGGCCAAAACCUGCCAGUUUUAAGUUGCUCUGCUUCCUGGCAAACACGCCGACAUGUUGCUGAUUCAAAGGUCGUUCUGUUUAACCAGUAAGCCUCUGUGGUAUCACAAGCAUAUCACUUCUUUAAACAAAAUGUCUUUGUUUCAAUGUUAAAAAGUGUAAUUUAGUUCUCUGAAUAACAGAGGAUUGGGUUCUACA